AUGGAUACUUUGUAUGCAAACACAACCUUCCUGCCCAACUACAAUGUACCCAAUGCUACUGCAAAGCCUUGGACUCCUUAUGAUGGCUGUGAAGAAAGAGUUGCUGGUAUUUUAUUUGAUCUAGCUGUACAAAUUUUCAAUGUGUUUUUGGGUCUACCUGCUAAUGUGAUGAUUCUGUGGUUUAUACUGAGAAAAAAAAGUGAAUCCUCCACUUCCGAUAUCUUCAUAUUUAACCUGGCUGUACUAGAUGGCUUCUUUGGCUGUAUGGUCCCUAUUGAUCUGGUUAACAUGUUUUUGCUUAAUAACAAGGACAUCUGGUACAUCUUAAUGUUCACCUAUGGUAUAAAAGACAUGGGGGGGCCCUUGUUUCUCUCCUGUGUCUGUUUAGACCGGUACGUAGCUGUGCUGCAUCCCAUCACUUUCACAGGCCUCAAAGAUCACAAAUACAGAGCAGCCUGCUCAGUGGUGGUGCUGGUCAUCACGUUAGCCUAUGCCAUCGCCAAAGCCAUUGGGGGGAUUGAGAACUUUGAGAAGGUAUUCACUGUCAGUAUCCUCACUGCCUUUGCCUUCAUGGUCUUCUGUAACAUCUCCAUCCUGUGGGCUCUGAAGAGAUCUGGACCAGGGAAAGACGAGAUGCACCCCAUGAAGAAGAAGGCCUUCAAGAUGGUUCUGUCCAUCCUGGCUAUUAUAGUAUUUAAUUAUCUCCCACCUGUAGCUCUUUUCCCAUUCCAGCAAUAUUAUUCUGUCGAUGUGUUUAAGUGCUACAUCCAGCCCUUUGCCUUCUCCUUCAUCAACAUCAGCAGCAGCACUCAGCCCUUACUCUACCUGUCCAGAGUGAAGAAGAUACAUUGUUUUCCAAGCUUAAGCAGUAAGAUGUGCAGCUCAGCAAAGAGACCCAGUGCAGAAAGCUAG